AUGAAAUUCUCAACCUCUCUUCUUACCGGCGCCUUUGCCUUCUUCACUUCAGCCUCUGCAUCAGCGAUUGUUAGACACGACAACUACUAUCCAAAUUACAUUCGCGAGUCCGAGCCAUCAUGUAUCACUCCUGGUGUCAUUCCCAACAUUACCGGCUCCCAGAUCCGCAAUGUUGGAGUCGUCCUCUUCCAGGCAUUCGACAUGAUCGAUGUCUUUGGCCCUCUGGAUCCUCUCCAGCUGCUCUCACUCAGCGCACAGCAGCUCAAUCUUCACUUCAUAGCUGAAACACUUGACCCAGUCACCACAGCUCCUGUGGCUAUGAACAAGUUCAACUCGAGCUUUUUCCCAGCGGUCACACCAACUAACACUUUUGACGACGAUCUUGACCUUGAUCUUCUCAUUGUCCCUGGCGGUGGUGGCGCCAGAAACCCAAAUCUUCAGGCCGUCACUGGUUAUAUCGCAAAGAUGUACCCCAAGGUCAAAGUCCUGAUGACCAUCUGCACUGGUGCUGGUGUUGCUGCCAGAGCGGGCGUUUUGGAUGGACAUAUGGCAACGACUAACAAGAAUGCCUGGGCGACCAUGAAGGAAAUGGGACCCAAAGUAAACUGGGUGUCCCCCGCGCGUUAUGUCAUUGACGGAAAAAUCUGGUCCUCUUCAGGUGUCACUUCUGGCCUAGAUCUCAUCUUUGCUUUCAUCAGCACAUUCUGGGGAAACGAGCGGUCAGAACUCAUUGCUAGUAUCGUCGAGCAUGUCCCGCGUAAUUCGACUGAUGACCCCUUCUCCAAGCACUUUGAUAUCGCGCCUACCAAGGCACAACCCUGCUCCCAGUCGUGA